CCACUCUGAAGGGUUUCUCACUUAAAACUCAACUUCAAAUGUCUCUCAAACUUAAACCAGCUGACCCUAUCAUCGCUUCAAAGCUAAAGACUUUCGAAUCUACUCAAACUACACUCUCACAAGCUACAGAUAGAUGGAAACCACUUCGAGCCAUAGCAAAACAACAAGCUGCCGAAGCACCUGCUCGACCUCCACCUAACUCUCCUGAUGAACCCGGUCCAAUAUGGAUUCAAAGAAUGGAAACUUUAUUCGGACCUCCGGAUGAACAACUUCGAGUGAUUCGUUGUGAUAUGUGUGGACUUCAAACUCGUGAAGUCAAUGGUCGAGUUUGUGUUACUCAUAAAGUGAAUUGUGAAAUGACGAAACCGGCUCGCAUGAUGAAGAAGGCAGGUUUGUUUGCAGGAGUAGAGGCGGGAUCAAAGAAACGAGCUUCAUCAGAAGUAUCAUUAGAUUCAUCAAAUCCACCACCUAAGAAGAAGAAGGCAACGAUUAUCGAUCAUACGACAUCCUCCGUCACUUCAGCUAUCGCUAGUGAUUUACCAGCCGGUUUGAAAAUGACCAACAAACAACUUAAGAAAGUCUUGGCUCAGGCUGACCGAAUGGAACGAGAGAAAGAACGUAAAGAGAAGAAAGCACGAGAGGAGGAGGCUAAGAAAGCCAAUCAAAAGAAAAUGGGUAGAAUCAAAGGUGGUCCGGUAAAUGUGAAUGAACAAUGUGGGGUUCUCAUACCACCUAAGGAUAUACCUUGUGCAAGAUCAUUGACGUGUAAGACUCACUCGAUGGGAGCCAAACGAAGUGUACCAGGUCGAAGUGCACCUUAUGACGUACUGCUUAAUGAAUGGCAAAAGAAACAUAACCCGAAUUGGGGAGACCGAAAGGUGGUGACGCCUAGGGUCGGACCUGGCAUUGAGCCUGGUGUGUCAAAGAAAAAGAAGAAGGAAGCUGCUAGUGCGCGUGCGGCCAUGGGAAAUACAAAUACGUCUGGUGGUAUGAAACACGGUGCAAAGGACAAAGAAAGAGACCACACAAAACAUCAUGGCAAGUCAAAUAACACGCACAACAGGACGUUUGGAGGUGCUGGUGGUGGAAGUGGAGCAGCAUCUGGUUCGAAAAAGAAAGACGGCCACCAUCAUCGGGGCGAAGGUGGUCGUGCAACUGGUGAUAAACUUUCGGCAGCUAAUGAGGCGAAACUCUUGGGAGAAAUCGAUGAAGAUUUUUAUUAUCCUGUUGCACCUUCUAGACCUCAGACAUCGAUGGAAGUGGAUGGUGCAAUAGCUGAAGACGAUCCGACCAGUCAUAGUGAUGUAGAAGUUGAACUGAUCAUCAAAGGACUGAUAGCUAGUCAACCUGGUCAACCUUUGGUGACAUCUGGUAUGGGAAGUGCAUGGGUGAAUCCGAGGUGGUCGAAUUUGGGUAAACUAGGUGUUAAAGAAAGCUUUAGGGAUGCUUUUAGAAAACGCUAGAGGAUUUCUUACCAUUUUCUUCGUUCCUCUUGAUCAGCAUCAGGUUGCGUGUGUAGUUUUUGAUGUGGGUAGUGUCACUUGAAAGAUGGACGAUCACUAGAUUUAGUUUCUUUACUAGAUUAUUCUCGUUUUAAUAUUGAUACUUUUUCAACGAUUCUUCUUAGCAGUUUUGUUCCCUUUGGUGUAUUUUGUGUGUUUUGUAACGCUGUUAGUUAUUUCAUUUGUAUUGUUAUGUUUUCUUGUCAGAUUGCCUGAAAGGGUCAUCCUUUGAAAAGUAAAGUUUUGUCAAAGUC